UGAAGGAGACUUGGAGGCACCUGGGCCGCGCUGCUUGGGUCGUAGGGAGCCGCCGCUGCCGCCACGGCCCGCACUCCAUGAGGAAGAUGCUCGCCGCUGUCUCCUGCGUGUUGUCGGGCGUCGCCCAGAAGCCGGCAAGCAGAGUGCUGGUGGCAUCCCGUAAUUUUGCAAAUGAUGCUACAUUUGAAAUUAAGAAAUGUGAUCUUCACCGGCUGGAAGAGGGCCCUCCUGUCACUGCGGUGCUCACCAGGGAGGAUGGGCUCAAAUACUACAGAAUGAUGCAGACUGUUCGUCGAAUGGAGUUAAAAGCAGAUCAGCUAUAUAAACAGAAAAUUAUUCGUGGUUUCUGUCACUUGUGUGAUGGUCAGGAAGCUUGUUGUGUGGGCCUGGAGGCCGGCAUAAACCCCGCAGACCAUCUGAUCACAGCGUAUCGGGCUCAUGGCUUUACGUUUACUCGUGGGCUUUCUGUCCGAGCAAUUCUCGCAGAGCUUACAGGACGAAGAGGAGGUUGUGCUAAAGGAAAAGGAGGAUCAAUGCAUAUGUACGCCAAGAACUUCUACGGGGGCAAUGGCAUCGUGGGAGCUCAGGUGCCCCUGGGAGCUGGGAUUGCUCUGGCCUGUAAGUAUAACGGAAAAGAUGAAAUCUGUUUGACUUUGUAUGGUGAUGGCGCUGCUAAUCAGGGUCAGAUAUUCGAAGCUUACAAUAUGGCGGCUUUGUGGAAAUUGCCUUGUAUUUUCAUCUGUGAGAAUAACCGCUAUGGGAUGGGAACAUCUGUGGAGAGAGCAGCAGCCAGCACUGAUUACUACAAGAGAGGCGACUUCAUUCCUGGGCUGAGGGUAGAUGGAAUGGAUAUCCUGUGUGUCCGGGAGGCCACAAGAUUUGCAGCUGCCUAUUGUAGAUCUGGAAAGGGGCCCAUACUGAUGGAGCUGCAGACUUACCGUUACCAUGGACACAGCAUGAGUGAUCCUGGAGUCAGUUACCGUACACGAGAAGAAAUUCAGGAAGUUAGAAGUAAGAGUGACCCUAUCAUGCUUCUCAAGGAUAGGAUGGUGAACAGCAAUCUUGCCAGUGUUGAAGAACUAAAGGAAAUUGAUGUUGAAGUGAGGAAAGAAAUUGAGGAUGCUGCCCAGUUUGCUACAGCUGAUCCUGAACCACCUUUGGAAGAACUCGGCUGUCACAUCCACUGCAGCGAUCCGCCUUUUGAAGUCCGGGGUGCAAACCAGUGGAUCAAGUUUAAGUCCAUCAGCUAAUGCGAGAUGGUUACACCUUCAGUGGGCUAUUCGGCAGCAACUGUAAGGAAUGCUUUGGGUUCUCAACUGUGUUAAGGAGGAAGAAAACCCAUAGAAAGAAAGUGUAGAUUUAGAUAGAUAGAUAGUGUAAUUGCAUGUG